AUGAAGAAUAAAAUCCACACCUCUGUGACGGAACUCCUUAGGCGCGGGGACCGUUCAACCAGACCGGAUGAUUGGCCGGCCCCAGUACACAGGGAGUCCGGCCAUGAAGAGAUGGACGUUACAUCAUUCCUCGUCCGGCCCAAGAAUGCCUACAAAUUGCAUGACAGUAAUCUGCGAGAUCUCCUUGUUCUUAGUCGCUCUUCUGGCUACCAAGAGAACUCUGAUGGUACUUGGACCGUCAAACAUGGAUCCGAAGAGGACAAGAACGUCACUAUACGGUAUAUCACUACACCUCGGUCAAAGGAUGCCUGGCGUAGAAGUGUAACAGUCUACGAUGGCGUGAAGGUUGUGCUAGGCUAA